AUGCCGUCGGUGGCGCCCGAGCCCAUCCUCGACGUCGUGCGCGGCCUGAGCACGCUGGCCUCCUUUGCCAUCGUGGUCAACCAGCUGAAGAACAUCUACGACGCCUUCUUCAUCAACGAAUGCGACCGCUGCCGCGGCACCGGCAUCGUCACAUGCCCGCACGGCGCCCCCGCCAAGCCCGAGGACAAGGCGGGGCAGGGGCCGGGGUGGGUGGGGCGCACGCUCAACCUGGAGGAUUACGUCAUCAACUACGCCUCCGACGCACUUCGCACCCUCUUAUCCAUCCACAAGGACACUGACAUCCUGCAGCGGCAUGGGGUGCAUGUGCCCGAUGAGUGGGCGGCGGCGGCAGAUGGCGCCGCUGCCGCCACCUGCAACGGCGGCGCAGACAGCCCCCUCGUGCUGCUGCACAAGCUGCCGCUGACCACGUACAGCGACUACGAAGAGCUUGUGGAGGCGGCGGUGCAGGCAGGCCGCACGUACGACGCCUCUGACACCGCCAGCCAGCAGCGCUGGGACGCUGCGGUGGCCCGCUUGAGCGGCCUGCCGCUGUACGCCUUCAAGUGCUCCAGCGGCACCACGGGCGGCCAGAAGCGCAUGCCCGCCAGCAUGCGGGAGGCACAGUCCAACGUGAACCAGUUUGGGCUGUUCUCCUCGCACAUCAAUGCCGCUUUCCCAGGCGCCGCCGCCGGCAAGGAGCUGCGCUUCCCCUUUGCCGGAGACGUGGAGGCGCUGCCCAGCGGCGUGCAGAUUGGCGUGGGCAGCAGCAUCACAUACCGCCGCAUCCGCUUUGUGGACAGCUGGGUGAGUCCCAAGGAGGUCAUCGUGGCGGGGUCGGUCCAGACCUGCUACUACCUGCACUGGCUCUGCGCCCUGCGGCGGCGCCACGACAUCACCGCCCUGACCGACAUCUUUGCAUCCAGCCUGCUGCUGGCGGCCAACCUGCUGGUGGAGCACUGGCGCCGGCUGAUGGCUGACCUGGAGGCCGGCCGCUGCUUCUCCUGGGUGGCACGCUCAUCCAAAGGGCUGGCGCCGGCCGCGGCGGGCGGCCUGGCGCCGCCCCCCGAGGGUGUGGCGGCAGCGGUGGAUGCCUCCAUGGAGCCCAGCCCUGAGCUGGCACAGGAGCUGCAGCAGGUGUUUGAUGGGGGGCGCCAGGGCCUGCUGGAACGCCUCUUCCCCGGCGCCUGCUACGUGGCCUGCGUGCUGACCGGCUCCAUGAGCAAGUACGUGCCUCACCUGCGCGAGCUGCUGCCCAUCAUCCCCAUUGUGUCAGCGUCCUACGGCGCCACAGAGGGCCAGUUUGGUAUCCAGAGCGACCUGGUGGAGUAUGCUGCGGCGGCAGCUGCUGCGCCUGCUGCUGCUGCUGCUGCUGGGAGCGCCAGGCCUGCGGCUGAUGGGAGCGCCUCCGCCGUGCCUGGCGGGGACGGCAGCCCAGCGGCAGACACGGCGGCGGCGGCCGUGCCCAGCUGCGCCGGCAUCAGCUAUGCCGACUUCCCGCGGGAGCCUGAUGGGCACACCUCCUACAUCCUGGUCCCCACAUGCGAUUGCUACAUGGAGUUCAUCCUCGUGGAGCACGCCGACGACCCGCAGCCGCCCACCGUGUCCCGCUCCCUGUCCUGUGCCUGCAGCCUGGAAGGGCUGGAGGUGGGGCGCCGCUACGAGAUCGCCGUCAGCAACCUGCUGGGCCUGUUCCGCUUCCGGGUGGUGGUGGAGGGCCGUGUGGGCCAGGCGCUGAACCUGGCGGGCGAGAAGACGCCCGAGGCAUCCCUGGUGGCGGCAGUGGCGGCGGCCGCGCAGGCGCUGCUGCCGGGCGGCGCUGCAGGGCUCCAGGAGUGGGCCGCACGCGAGGUGCUGCACCCCCGUGGCGGCGCAGAGGGCGGUGCCGGGCACUAUCUCGUGUACUGGGAGCUGACGGGUGCGCCCGCAGCAGCCAGCAGCCGAGCCAGCACCGGCGGCGCAGGCGGCAGCCCCGGCGCGCCCAUCGCUGCUGUGCUGGCGGGCUGGGCUGAGCGGCUGGAGCAGGAGGUGGGGCGCUGCGCGCCGCAGUACCGCGCCAUCCGCCAGGAGGGCAGUGUGGCGGGGCUGCAGCUGAAGCUGGUGGCGCCGGGCGCCUUUGGCGAGAUCAGGCAGCUGGCGUUCAGCAACGGCGCCACCGCCGCGCAGUACAAGCCUCCUACGGUCGUCAGCAAGCCGGCGCAGUGGGAGGUGCUGGAGAGGCACCGCAGACGCAUCGAGGCGCGAGCUGGGAGCAAUGGGCUACUGGGUCUCCUCCAGCGCUGGGGCGGCGGCGGCGGCGGCUCCACUAGCAGCCAAGGCGCCAGCCCGGCGCGGCAGCAGCUGCUGAGCGAGCUGCGCAGCGCCCAGCCGGACAAGAAGCUGAUCUGGGAGGCCUGCGUCGCCCUCAUGGAGGAGCGUGUCCCGUUUGUGGAGUCUCAGCUGGGCGGCGGGCCCUUCCACGCCGUCUUCACCCGCGGCCCGCUGCUCUGGCAGCUGUGGACAUCGCAGGCAAAGCAGGGCAGCCGCGUCACAACAGCCAGCGAGAACCAGGCCUGGCAGGACUUUGACCCUGCCGCAAAGACCGUGGUCAACUUUGGUGAGCUGCUGGGCAGCCAAGUGACUGUAACCGCCAGCGGAAGCUACCGCGCCGCCGACGAGGAGCAGCAGCGGUGCCCCAAGCUGGUGCUGGCCAGCAUCCAGGGCGGAGCGCUGAACGCUUGGGGCCUGCAGAUCCCGCUGCCGAUCAGGGGUGAGGGGCAGGUGGAGGUCGCCUACUUGGAUCCUGACAUGAGGGUGUUCCGGGCCACCAACGGCAGCAUCUCGGUGCAAGUGCGGCAGGACAGGCUGCCUGAGCUGCUGGGCUGGGGGAGCUAGGAGAGUGGGGGCGCAGCCACUGUACAUGAUUCCCUGCGACGCGCCCCCAAGGCGAUUACACUGCGCUGCUCUUGCACAAUGGACUUGCUUGCAAAGCAGAAGGCAGGACCAACAAGAAGUCAGCACUC